CGUUGUUUAUGUGUCGUCUGUCCCGGUUGACGUUGGACGGAGGGGAAAGAGAGAGAGAGAGGGAGAGAGUGAAGAGGGAGAAAGAGAGUGAGUGAGAGAGAGAGAGAGUAAAAUCCGUUUCUCCGUCAAUGUUCAUGUCUUCGUAACGUCUCCUGUGGGAAGUAAUCCACGGAACGGAUUUCCUCGGAAGUGGGUUACCAUCGUAUGGGUGGUAACUCCUCGAAAAUGGCGGCCCCGGUAGUAGUCAACGCUACAGCCAAGCACACAGCCACUGUGAUAUUUCUUCAUGGCCUUGGAGAUACAGGCCAUGGGUGGGCAAGUGCAAUGGCAGCAAUUGGUUCACCACACAUCAAGUUUAUUUGCCCCACUGCGCAGGUGAUGCCAGUGACACUUAACGCAGGCUUCCGAAUGCCAUCAUGGUUUGAUCUCAAAUCUUUGGAUGUAGAUGGGCCUGAGGACAGUGAAGGAAUCAAGAAAGCAAGAGACGGAAUUCACCAGCUCAUUGAAGAAGAGAUUAAAGCUGGGAUUGCUAAUGAACGAAUUAUGUUAGGUGGUUUCUCCCAAGGUGGAGCCUUAGCCUUAUAUUCAACGUUUACCUAUUCCAAGACACUCGCAGGGGUUGUUGGUCUGUCUUGUUGGCUUCCUUUAAGAGACGAGUAUCCACAGGCUGCCAUCAGUAACACAGGGUCACCAAUACUUCAGUGUCAUGGUGAUUGUGACCCCAUUGUACCAUACAAAUUUGGUCAGAUUACAAGCCAAAUUAUUAAGAAGUUUGCCGGCAACAUUGAGUUCAAGACCUAUAGAGGCAUGAUGCAUUCAUCGUGUGAGGAGGAAAUGGCUGACAUCAAGAAAUUUAUUGACAAGUGUCUACCUCCUGUAUAGAAGCAUCUAUGGACGUCACCAGAUAUCACAACAUUAAAUUUCUGUUAAAGUGAAGCAAGACUAUCGGUGAUUUUGGAAAAAGAGAAAAUAGUUUCUCUGUACAAAAUAUCUUGGUUGCUAGAAUCCUUUUAGAAUUUUGUCAUGUUUAGGCAAAGGUGUUACCAGGUAUCUGAAAAAUAUAGUAUAAUAUCAGUAAAAGUUACAACACACAAAUCAUUCCAAUACAUGAUUAUUGUUUAUUGUACAACAAGUUUUAUUUUGAUGUAAUAUCUGGGGGUGUUGGUGACUGAAAGACAUGCUUCAACUUAUGCAAUUUUUAUUCUGAAGUUCUAUAAUCUUGUCUGGGACAAGAUUUGGUUAAAUAAAUUCUCAAUCAUGAUCAUGAUUACGGUAAUAAUGUUAGUAGAAAUAUAGGAGGUGAUUCUCCUUACCAUAUACAGUAUAUAUGAAUAUAUGUUUGCUUUCUUAUUUAUAUAUGGUAUAAUCCCCACCCCCUUAAUCUUGCUAUCAUUUGAGGGUAGUAGGCAAUUGCAAGUGCUAUAUUUUGACACUAUCUGGAGGUCAUAGUGUGCAGGCAGUUGAGGCCCUCUCCCCAAAAUUUAUGAAAGGCAGACUAUAGCUUGGAUUAUAUGCAUCUUUACACACAUACUAUUGAUAGUAUAUCUGCUGUUGAGAGAUUUUUGCUUCUUGGCAUGAAAAGAUAUAGUGUAAAAUAGGCAUCUUGAAGAAUACAUGGUAGUAAGUAACAUUAAAAGAUGUACAAAUGUCAGCUCUUUUGUUUAUAUAAUAAAUGUACCUGCCUUUUAUUUUAUUUUUUUGCUGAGUUGUUUGAUAUCCAAAAUUACAAAUAUACAGUAUACCGUUCAAAUUCAAAAUACUAUGCUUUAGUAUAAUUCUGAUUACUUAUAAACUACUUAAGAUAUCAUUAAAGCAUUUUUAGUUUAUAGAGGAAAAAAUGAGAGGGUGUUACUGAAAAUUAAACAUUUUCAUUUACAGCGUUAUUUAAUCACAAGGAAACCCAGUGCAACAUGUAUAAAAAUUUAAUAAUUUUUAAGAAUGCCUUGUAGAAUAAGAUCGGUUGGGUGAUGGUUCUAUGCUGUAGCAAUAAGAACAAGGUGUUCUUCAGUACACUAAUAUAUAAGUACAAUUUUGUCACAGACUACAUAAUCUGGACUUACGGAAACCAUGCAGUGAAACCUAAGAUUUUGCAUAUUUGAAUGCUUAUUGAAAAUUUUAAACAUCAGAGAUUGUUUCAAAUGCACUUUGCAUUUAAAAUUUUCUGGUGUAAUGAUUAGCACUGUGGUAUCUGGCUUAACAAGUGCCGUUAAUUGUUUUAAGUGUGAAAUAAAAUGUUUCUUUUAUGUUCGCCAUGAAGAGUUGUCAGUCUUGUGUGUGACAUGUUAUCUAUUUUAGGUGCCAAAGAUACUAUACACAUGAAGCAAUUUUGGAAGUACACCACUAUCUUGCAUGUUACUGGGAAGGUGUAUAUUUUGUUAAAACUUCUCAUAAGGUUGUUCCCAGCUACUCUAGACUGUCAGUGAUAUGCCAUUUGGCUGUAGUUUUGUCUCUCCUUUACUUACACUACUGUAUCACUAUCCAAGCAGUAUUGUUUCCUCCCAAGAUCUUUUGGCAGUCUCGUCACAUUGGGAAGCAGUUUUCUUGGCAAGUCUUUAAUAAAUUAUACAGUUUUAAACAGUGUUCAUUUUAUUGUGUAUUACUGGAGAAGUAUUUAGGGAAGUACAUUUGUCAUUCUUUACCAGUCCCCAUUACUCCGUGUUUCAUUACUCGGUGUUUUACUUGGAUAGUGGUGCCCCAUGAUCCUUAGUUUUGUCACAAAGUAAGUACUUGUUGCAUAGAAAGCCUUUCAUCAAGGAUUUAGUAAACACUGUAAUCAAGUACUAUUGUUUAACAGGUCCCUUAUGUUAGUCACCCCAGGAGAGUAAUAAAGGUUUGUAACCUGAAAGAAGAACGCAUUAGGAUGUAAACCCAAACCAGUAGCUGUAGGUCUGUUUAGAGUAAAAGGGCCUAUUUGUGCUCUAGUGGGAUUACCAUGCCAUUUUUCAUUUCAGUGUAUAAUGCCCAGUCAUCACUAUGUGCUAUUUUGGACUUUGUAUUUCCUUUUCUAGCUCUUAAUUUCCUUUUCUAUUCCCAGAUCUUAAGUGUUGGUGUGUCCUGAUAGUUUUGUUUACUGUGAUACUUCAGCAUUUAUUUAAUUACUGGAAUGUUGGAUAUCCUAUUAUGCAGAAGUUUUCAUAUGCAAAAUGGUUUAGGUUCAGCUGUAUGUAGAAAUGGUAUCACUUGCAUUCUUACAUAUACAUAUUCAAGUUACAGUCCUUACUAACUGUUGAAUUAUACCUUUCAAGGAACCUUCAAGUACAGCAUUUGUCUUCUGUCUCUAAAACCUUUUUCAAUGCUGUUUCUCAAGUAUUAUUGAGCACGUGUGUUCCACAUUCUUGUAGGACAACUGGACAAUCUCUACACACAGACAUAAAAGUCUUGCAGUUCACAAAAAUGUAAUCACCUUCUCGUGUAUUGUUAAAUUUACUUCGUGUGUUGGAUGUGUUCAGUUCUCUAUUCAUUACACCUUUUAAUGCAGUGUUAAUUUAGUUGUCAGUCUUAAUGACUUAGUUCUAACAUUUUCAUUGGCAUCAUACCAAAUGCGAUGUCUGGUACAAGUCAUAAUAUACAAAAUUAUAGAAGUAAUUUCUAAAUGGAUAUUUUUAAUAUAUAAAGCCAGUGCGUAAUCUUUUAUGCAGGACAGUGUAUUAUUACCUAAGAUAAAUCCUGAAGUCCCUUAGGAGUAGCCUUGACCUGUAGUUUUCCUUGUUAACAGGUUGUAGACACUGGUUCACAUCAGAUGUAUAAUCCUAAUCUGGUGUGUAUUCAAGUUUUGAAUAUACCUUCAUUGGUUCCAUUUACAGUCAGUAGGCAAAGUGUUGUUCAGCUAGUAGUAUAGCAUUAUUCUACUUUCACUGUUAUGCAUUUUGCAUUGAAUGAUACAUAGGGUUACAGGAGCUGAAUUCAUAUUUUUCAUUGGUUAGCAAUAACACAUGUUUAUUUCCAUAAGAAAAGCAUUCAGCUCUACACACUUGCAGUUAUGUAAUUAUUUUUUCCUUAUGUACGAGGUUGUAAGUUGUAAGAUAACUUUCAUAAAGGAAUGUAAGAA